ACCUAAUUCAACUGCAUUCUUAAACGUCCUUUUAAUAUCAAAUACUCUAUCGGCAGUUCUCCACCCGACCUCCUCUUUAAUGUAUUCAACUAAGUGGUAAUCAUCUCGUUGAGCUGACCUCUCUCUUUGCAAGAUCUUAGCUUUCCUAUCAAAAAUAUUCAUAGUUCUGUAAACGGAGCUAGCAGUCUUGAUUUUCGUAGAUUUAUUUCUGAAUUGUAAACAUUUCGAUUCGGAGAACAGAUGCCUGGACAGCACAAACUUUGCGGACAGAUGGAAAACUUUUGCUUGUGCCAUAUUCUAAGGAUUUUUUUACAAAUCGGUACACAAAUCACAGGGCGCUACAGUUCAUUUUUACUGAAACUUUUCUCUCAGCUAAGAACUAUUUUAAAAAAGCAAAAUAAAAUCUCGAUUAUUCUCGACAUAAAAUGUAAAGCUCCGUGGGCCGUGGAUGCUCAAUUUUUUUUAAUUAUUCUUGACCCUGGAAAAAAGUUCUUCAGUCGUAUACAUAAAUACAAAUCUUAAUCUUCUUUUUUUAUUGACAUUAGAUUAUUGGUUGAUGGUGGAAAACUAUCGUCAUAUUUUCAUUAUUCUUUAAAUUCGUUCGUAGUGGAUAUUGAGAAAUAAUAUUGGUGUGAUCUUGUGUUACAAACGUCUGGGAAACUGAAGAACAAUAAAAUAUUCGCUAUGUUGUUCAAGUGGAUUGCAAAAAUCUUAGGUUAUUCUAAAAGAAAAAGAAUAAAAGUUAAGUUUUUUCCUGCAUCUACUGAAGUAAUAAUGUCGUUUAAAAAUUGUCUUAUUUAAUAUCUUUACAUUUAUAUUAUUUAAACAACUGUUUUAAUUUUUUUCCCCCCCUACCGGGAAUAUCAAUAUGUGGCCAAUAUUAAUGCAAUUUCUAAGAACAAAUGCUCCUUACAUAACUUUGCCAGUUGCUGCGAUAGUAGGCAUAAUAGGAUACAAUUUAGAAGGACUUCUUUCAGAUAGAUAUACACCUUACAACAAGCCCAUUCAAGAUCAAAGAGUAGAUAGACAGAUAGAUGAGGAUGUCCUGAAUGACCCUACUAAUGUGCAGAAGUUAAAAUAUAAAGAAAAUGUUUUAGGCAAAAAUGUUUCACCAUCUCUUCAAAACAAAAACUAGUCUGUUAUGUACUUACUGUUAGUUAAAGAAAUAAAGUAAUUUAUCAUGUUU